CUCAUAUCCAUCACACACCAUUUAAGCACUGAGAGCUUAAAAACAGAACACGAAAGAGCCUACAAAAAUGCCUUCUCUCGAGAACUCUGUAACUUUAAUCUCAAGAAGCAGAGUCUUCCCUGACCAAAAGUCAACGCUCGCUGACCUCAAACUCUCCGUCUCCGAUCUCCCCAUGCUCUCUUGCCACUACAUCCAGAAAGGCUGCCUCUUCACUCGCCCUCACCUUCCUCCGCACGCGCUUCUCUCUCACCUCAAACACUCUCUCUCUCUAACCCUCUCUCACUUCCCUCCUCUCGCCGGCCGUCUCUCCACCUCCCAAGACGGCCACGUUUUCCUCUCCUGCAACGACGCCGGCGCCGAUUUCGUUUUCGCCGUCGCGGAAUCCGUCCGCGUCCGCGACGUUAUCGGCGGAACCGACGUUCCGGACGUCGUGAAAAGUUUUUUCUCGUACGACGGGGCGGUGAGUUACGAGGGACAUAACAGACCGAUCCUCGCCGUUCAGGUGACGGAACUAAACGACGGCGUUUUCAUCGGGUGUUCCGUUAACCACGCCGUGACUGACGGAACGUCGCUGUGGAAUUUCAUCAAUACGUUUGCUGAGGUGUCUAGAGGAGUUGAGAAUGUGACACGUCAGCCUGAUUUUACGCGGGAGAAUGUGCUAAUCUCACCGGCUGUGCUCAAAAUGCCUCACGGUGGGCCCAAGGUGACGUUCAACGAGAACGAGCCGUUACGGGAACGGAUAUUCAGUUUCAGUAGGGAACAGAUUCUUGAGCUGAAAGAGAUGGUUAACAAGAAGAGAAGCUCGACGGUGGGUAACGGCGAUAUUAACGGAUUUGAGGUGUUUGGGAAGCAGAGUAAUGACAAGCUUAACGGAAAAGAGAACGGUAAACUGACGGAGAUGUUGGAGAGUUUGUUAGGGAGGAACGACGCCGUUUCGGUGGAGAUCUCGUCGUUUCAGUCUCUCUGCGCUUUGCUGUGGCGUGCGAUCACUCGAGCGAGGAAGCUUCCGAGCUCUCAAACGACGACGUUUCGGAUGGCUGUGAACGUUCGCCACCGUCUGAGACCGAAACUUGAUCCGGAGUACUUCGGAAACGCGAUACAGAGCGUGCCGACGUUUGCGACCGCGGGAGAAGUUCUGUCUCGUGAUCUCCGGUGGACCGCCGAUCAGCUCAACCAGAGCGUGGCGGCUCACCAAGACGGGAAGAUUCGAAGCGUUGUGGCGGACUGGGAGGCGAAUCCGAGGUGUUUUCCUCUCGGGAAUUUCGACGGAGCGAUGGUCACGAUGGGGAGCUCGCCGAGGUUUCCGAUGUAUGAUAACGAUUUCGGGUGGGGAAAGCCGGUGGCGGUUAGAAGCGGACGGGCGAAUAAGUUCGACGGGAAGAUCUCGGCGUUUCCGGGGAGAGAUGAAAAAGGGAGUGUUGAUUUGGAGGUGGUUUUAGCGCCGGAGACGAUGGCUGGGAUAGAAUCUGACGGCGAGUUUAUGCGAUACGUGUCUAAACAGUGACGGUGUUAAUGAAAUAACGUAACGGAUUGUUUUUGUUUUCCCUCGAGAACUUAACGGUAUAAUAUUGUAAUGUAUCUCUUGUAAGUUGACUCUAUAAAAAAUGUUUACAUAUGUUAGUAUGUUACAUUACAUUCUGG